CUUACACAAUAUUAGGCAGGUGGUUUUAAUGUUGUGGCUGAUCGGUGUAUACUGCAGAAAUAUCAAGGGUAGUGUGUUAAAAUGCAGUUGUAAACAUAGCCAAUAGUUUUUCCCUGUCACCUGUAGAGGGAGUGCUCUGCAUAUACAAGAUACUCUUAAAUUAAACAAUUUGCCCAUAUUUCACAGGAAACUUCACUGUCAAACUAAAGAAGGCUUUGAGGAAAGAGGUUAUUCAUGUGAAUCAUUUGGGUGACUGGGGAAUGCAGUUUGGUCUGUUGGGAGCAGGCUUUGAACGAUUCAGAUCUCAAGUGAAACUGAGAGCACGUGCCCUCCAGCACCUAUUUAAGGUGCAUGUUCAGGGGAACCGUGAGGCCAAGUGUGAUGAGAGCAUGCGUUUGGCUGCUGCAGUGUUCUUCAGAUGUCUCGAGCAGCAUGAGGAUCAGCCCCUGUCACUGUGGAAACAGUUUCGUGAGAUCACAGUGGAGGAGUACAAACGCAUCUAUGAGAUGCACUGCAAAUCUGCCUUGGUCACUAGCGGGUUAGCAGCUAAUUCCCUCUCUGAUGAGUCCCUGGUCUGCGGCCCUGUCUGGGGUAUCAGCUUGAGCAUUUAUCUGGUGGCCUCGGCCCAUUGACAGCUGCCUGCGAAGGGAAGUUCUCUAGAGAUGGCUCAGGCCAGACUGUGUCUGUUCAGCUCUGUCUGCUCAGUUCUGGCCAAUGGCAUGAGGAUUCUUGGUAUUACACCUGUGAUAAUGACAAACAAAUGUGAUGUUCUUUUAAUUAAAGGAAUAGAUCUCCUAAAAUUGAAAAUACUGUUAUUUCUUUAUCACUGUUACGUUCUU